UAUUUAUCGCGGUUUUAUUCUGUACCAUUCGCUCGCCUCUCGCAGUUCACGUUCAAGUUUCGAAGAAGACUGGACUCGACGAUCGAACCGUAAUCAUGCGUAUACUAAUUGGAAGUUUGGUAGUGGCCUUUGCCUCAAUCGCAAUGACGCAGGCAGACGAUGCUAAACUCGAGAAUGAGCUCGAAGCACUUAAUGCCGUUUCCCAGAGUUCGAAUCAAUUUUCCUCCUCGUUCUUCAAGACUGUGGUGGACGAGAACCCAGGCAAUCUGAUAUCAUCUCCUUUGAGCGCAGCCGUUGUUCUUGCUAUGACUGGCUACGGUGCUGGCGGAGAGACAGCAAACCAGUUUAAGAAAGUGCUUCAUCUUCCAUCCCCGGAUAGUCUUGGCCAUACUGGUUAUCAGAAACUUAUCGAUACACUCAACAAUGUUAAAAAGAACAAACUUCUGAUCGCAAACAAAGUGUUUACAACUGACAAAUUUCCCCCGAAGCCAACUUAUACACAGUUGACGCAGACCUACUUCCGUUCCGCAACGCAAAUGCUAGAUUUUGCGAAAAAUGUAGAAGCUGCGCAAAUAAUUAAUGCAUGGGUCGAACAGAAUACGAACAAUCUUAUUAAAGAUUUGAUUCAAGCAGGCGAUUUAAGUAGUGAUACGGCGAUGGUACUUGUUAACGCGAUAUACUUCAAGGGUAAAUGGCAACAUAAAUUCGAUGCCCAAUUUACCGAAGACAGGCCGUUCCAUAUUACUAAGGACACGACUAAGAACGUUCCUACGAUGUUCCGUCGAGGUGACUACAGAUACGGAGUGCUUUCCGACAUGAACGCUAAAUUCGUUGAGAUUCCGUACAAGGGUCAAGAGCUGAGCAUGGUCAUCAUACUUCCGGACGAAAUCGACGGUUUGCCCCAGCUCGAGGCGAAAUUGCAGAAUACGAGCUUGACCAGCAUCUUGCAGCAUGGACACGUGCGCGAAGUGGAACUAUUCUUACCAAAGUUCAAGGCGGAAAGCGAAAUACAACUUAACAGCGUGCUUCAGAAGAUGGGUUUGGUCGAUGCUUUUAGCGGCAAAGCCAACUUCAGUGGAAUCUCUGACGCACCGCUGCAGAUCAGUAAGGUCGUGCAAAAGGCGUUCAUCGAAGUUAACGAAGAAGGCAGUGAGGCCGCGGCUGCCACUGGUAUCGAACUGGAAUUCCAUUCUCUCAAACCGAGUCUAAGCUUCCAUGCUGACAGACCCUUCUACUUCGCGAUAUAUGAACAGGAUAAGCAAUUACCACUUUUCAACGGCUUGAUAGUGAAACUCGGAUGAUUUCCUUAGUGUCUAUCUUUGUUAAUACACGUUAUAUUAUGUUCUGUCUUGAAACCUUUCAAAUAACUUCCUUGUCAAAUUAAUGUUACGCAGCAUGUUAUUAAAGCUUUAAAUAAUGCGACAUUGAUAUGUUGUAAGUGUUCAAUAUCAUGCAACAUUUCAUUGUACUGUGCAUUUUAUUCUUGUUGCUCGUUUAUCGUGUUUAACGUUCCAGAGUUCGUCCAGCUCGGAAUAAAUAAAUGAUUCCUCUUUAACAAUC